UAUUUCAAUAUUUGAUGAAAAAACAUUGGAAGUAAGGUAUUAAAAGUAAGCUUCUGUUUAAAGGAAGCAUUUCUUUAAUACUUCAAAACACUUAAUACUAUUUGUGUGAAAUACAUUUGAAAUGAUCGAUGAAUUUAGUAAGAGACCAAUUGAAUUUGUCAAAAUAGUUGCGCGCGAAAAUCGAGAGAUCGAUCGAUCGUUCUGCGUCGCGUUAAUAUCGACUGCGUCCGCUGCUGCGUAUGUGUGCAGUGUUAGUGGUUUGCAUUUUGGUGUUAUGCUUUUAAGUUCUUAUAAAAAUACCCGAAUAAACAACGAAUAUGCCGAAGUCCAUACCCGAGAGAUGGCUCGAAUACAAACCUUACGGCAAGGUUAUAAGUGGUACGAAAAUCUUGCCGUUCAAAGUACCGCUGAAGGAAGCGGUAUGCAAUAACUUGGAACCGGACAAACGAUUUACAACGUCGAUGCUGGUGCAGACAUUUCCACGUCUCAAGUACAUCGUCGACCUCACGAACACGGAUCGUUACUAUGACGAGAAGGAAUUCACAAAUUCUGGAGUACAAUACGAGAAGAUUAUGGUACGUGGGCGGGAGGUACCCUCCAUGGACGUGGUGAAAAAAUUCUUUAAAGUGAUGGAUGACUUCACAUCAGCAUGCGGCGAAGAAGAUAUUGUUGGUGUUCACUGCACGCAUGGUAUAAAUCGUUCAGGAUAUCUUAUUUGCAGAUAUCUUGUACAACAGUUAGGUUGGGAACUUGGAGAAUGUUUAAAAGCGUUCGCGGAGGCACGUGAGUACCCUAUAGAGCGCGAGAUAUACUUAAACGCCCUGAGGAAAACGCCACGCGACAAGAAGAUAGAUACAAGCAAAGUCAGGUUGGACUCGCCACCGCAAUCGACGCCAGAAACACCCAGAAAGAUGCGUUCGUCGUUCAAGCGACCGGGAGGCAGACCAGCGUCAUACACGAUGGGACCCCCUGGUUUCGUGCCUCUGCGACGGGGUUUCGCCAAAGACGGCGCAUAUCCUCCCCCGCCUUUUGGUUUCGGCGGUCCUCCGCCAGGCUUCCGUCCCAUGCCUCCAAUCCCACCUCCGAUGCCACCAGGUCCUCCGCCUAUGUACGGGCCCAGACCUUUCAGGUACGGACCGCCACCGAUGAGACCAGUCAUUCCUCCUCCGCCACCCAGGCCAGGAUUCCCUUUGCCAGGUUUCCCGCCGCCUCUGGGUCCUAUUAGAGCACCCGGAGGACCUGGACUACCCGGACUACCGCCAGCGCCGCCCCCGCGGUUACCACCGCCGAAAAUGCCACCGCCACCCGCGGCAGUGAGGCCCGCCGUUCUGAAGAGGCUCCAGACGCAGAAGAGGAAACAACAAAUACGGAACGGCAUGGUGUCACCCGCCAGGAAUCCCGUCGGACCGUCGACGAGGUUGCUCAGAAGAGGCAACCAGGCGAACAAGACGCUACCAAAGGUGGCAAAAGAGCAGGACUUCACGUUGGACACCUUCGAAGAGAACUUACUGGCUAUCGCGAGCCCCCAAAGGCGGCCAAGCAAAGGACGAUUUAAUCAAAACAAGUGACGACGUGCCGCUUAGGAGGCUUAAUAUUACUUAAACCGUACGACAUAUUCCGUGAAUUCGUCAUCGUCUAUCGAGAGUAUAGACAACGACGACCACGCGGGAUAGUACGACGACGGUAAUUAUUCUGAUUCGAAGCCAGAGGGACGCGAGAGAAUACCUGUAGACGGUCGCGUCCUCCAACGUGCGCUGACACUAUUUUAAAAGACUACAUUCGUCGUUGACAAAAAUAAAUGCACCUUGUCGGUAAACGAAUGUUGUGUUCAACUUUGUCUCUUCAUAGAUAAGUAUUUAAAGGCGUGUACCAUGAUUAGGCGCUUGCCACUCGAGGGAGCAACUAUGGGAUCGCUUGUUUCAAUAGAAUUCCUUCUUUCUUUCUUUUUUUUUCUUUUUUUUUUGUACGUAUAGAGCAAGAGGUAUAAUAGUUAGGAAGAUAUUCGUCGGUGUUAAAGAUGUGGUGGUCUCGAUAGGUAUGGGAUCGAUUGCACGAUAUAGUUGAAGAUGUACACCAAUAGCGAACGUAAUCGGGCAAAUUUUAACGAAAAUGGGAUUUAACUAUUUGAAACAAUUUCUUUUGGGUUGUUAUUCUUAACCAGGUGUUUGAAAAUAAAGAAUUUUCUUUUAUUUCUUUUAUUAUUAAAAUUCGAAUCAUGAGCAACAUUCUUUGUAUCUAUGAAAAUGCACGGAACUUGUAGCAGCGUAAUCGAGAUUGUUUAUGUUAAUUGUAUAUAUACAAUAUACAUAUGUACAAAUAUACCUUUUUUUCUUUUAGCGCAGGAGACAAACAGUCCCUUUGUUCGAACUCCAUUUUCCUUUAUUAAGCAUUUUCAACGCUGAAUUCUUUUGCACCAUCUAAGCACCGCGCGACGUAUUUGUCUAUUUUUCUUCUCAAUGUUUUGAGAAUUUAUUGAAAUUGGCAAUCCUAUAGACGCGAUGACAUCUUUCGUAUCAUUCCGUGUUGCCAGGUUCGACUUCUUCGAAUUUCUCGUCGAUUUACAGAAUUCAAUUGAGAUGACAACAUAAAAUGUACCAUAUACAACACGUAAGAGCAACAUUGUAAGAAAUUUCACUUUCUCUUACCCAUCGACAUUUCCAUUCGUAAAUACGUUAGCGUAAUUGAUGUAAUUGCUCGUGGAUUAAGCUACGACGCGACGGGGGCUUGUUUUGUUUGAAAGUUUAUGUUACGUCAAGUAUCGUACGUGUGAGAAUUUAAAUAAUCAAAUAAUGCAUAAUAGAACGUUUUACGUAAGAACUGAGGACAAGAGACGCGAAGACAGUCGUGGCCUUUCUGUGGGAGUCGUAAUCGACACGCGUGUAAGAUUGAACAUUGACAAAUACACACCGUUAACAGAAAAA